CACAGUGAGGACUUACACAAUCAUGUCAAGCCACACUGCUUUAAAUUUGUGAGAAAUGAAAAAAACAAAGCCGUAAUGUAUUACAGAAAGUGGAGUGAUGAUGAAUGGAUGGGUCCUAUUUCUUUAUUAAAGUCAACUCCUAUGGACAUGCCAGUCCAAAUACCAGCAGAUUUUGCAAAGGCAGACUUACCUAAGCUUGCAGUUGACAUGCAAAAAUGGUUUUCUGUAAUGACCUCAACAGCACAAGGAUGGUGGGAAUCAUUUUUGCAGACAACAGGCAACAAUGAUGCUACAAUUGAUAAUACGUUUCCAAUAUUUUCACUGAAAAAUCAUGUUAGAAGACCAAAUGCUGAACCUGUUGAGACAGCUGAAAUACCAGCACAGCUAUCUGCUUUGAGAGAGAAGGAGCUAGAACAACUAGAAGAGAUAUAUACUGGCUCAUAUCAAGCUCCAGCUUCCCGGGGCAUAAAUAUACUGUGCCCCAAUAUUUUUUAUAUGAGAACCUUAUGA